UCGGUCGCACGCGACACAAUCAUAACGUUCUCGGCAUCGCACUGCUGCGAUCUACUCUUCGCGCACUAAUGUUACGUACAGACAACUGAAAACAUACUUCGGUUUUUAUUUUAUAUUAAUUAAAAAAAAAGAAACGGACAAUGAUAACAAUGCUGACAAAUUCUAAAAUAUUGUGGGGACUAUGGCAAGUGGUUAGCUACUGUGUUUCGCGGACAUCCGUCCCGCUGCUGCUGGCAGCCGGCGCGGCCUACCUGGUGGCGCGGCUCGUGGUGCUCAUGAGAGACAUGCGCAAGCUGCCGCCAGGCCCCUGGGGUCCACCGGUGGUUGGCUACCUUCCGUUCCUCGGGGUGCGCCACAAGACUUUCCUGGAGCUGGCCCGCAGCUACGGCACCCUGUUCUCCGCACGACUCGGCAAUCAACUCACGGUUGUUCUCAGUGAUUACAAGCUAAUCAGAGAAGCAUUCCGACGAGAGGAAUUCACUGGACGGCCCAGCACUCCACUGAUGCAUACUCUGGAUGGUCUUGGCAUCAUCAACAGCGAAGGCCGCCUCUGGAAGAACCAGCGACGCUUCUUACACGAGAAACUCCGUGAAUUUGGAAUGACCUAUAUGGGGAAUGGCAAGAAAAUAAUGGAAGGAAGAAUUAAGAAUGAAGUAUAUGAACUGAUAGAAAAUCUUCACCGAUCUGAAGGAUCUCCGAUUGAUGCAAACCCCCUGCUUGCUUUGGUAGUCUCCAAUGUUAUCUGCGGCAUCACAAUGUCUGUACGAUUUAGCCAUGGAGACGCACGAUUUGAAAGACUGAACUUUCUUAUUGAAGAAGGCAUGAGACUUUUUGGAGAAGUACAUUAUGGAGAAUAUAUUCCUCUCUAUAACUAUCUACCCGGCAAAGCCUUGGCUAAAGAAAAAGUGGCGAAGAACCGAGAAGAAAUGUUCGAGUUUUACCAAACUUUGAUUGACGAACACCGGGAAACUUUAGACCUGAACAAUGCAAGGGAUCUUAUUGAUGUUUACUUGAUUGAAAUUGAGAAUGCUAAAACCGAAGGCAGGGGUGGAGAGCUAUUUGAAGGAAGAGAUCACGAAUUGCAACUGAAACAAAUCUUGGGUGAUCUCUUUUCGGCUGGCAUGGAAACUAUCAAGUCUUCACUUCUAUGGAUGAUUGUCUUCAUGCUAAGAAAUCCAGAUGUCAAAAAGCGGGUUCAAGAUGAACUGGAUGCUGUUGUGGGCAAUGAACGCCUGCCAACGAUUGAAGACAUGCCACACCUACCAUAUACAGAGACUACAAUUCUUGAAACCUUACGGAUGUCCAGCAUUGUUCCUUUGGCAACAACACACUCGCCUACAAAAGACGUGCAUCUAAAUGGCUACAGAAUUCCAGCGGGGUCACAGGUUGUACCGCUUAUCAACUGCGUACACAUGGAUCCAAAUCUAUGGGAUGAGCCAAAAAAAUUCAACCCUAGCAGAUUCAUUGACGAAAAUGGGAAAAUAAAACGACCAGAGUUCUUCAUGCCAUUUGGCGUCGGGCGGCGUAUGUGUCUCGGCGAUGUUCUGGCGCGCAUGGAAAUGUUCAUGUUUUUCGCUUGUAUGAUGCAUCAGUUCGACAUUCAAAUGGAAGCCGGCGACCGGCUUCCUUCGCUGGAAGGCAUUGUAGGCGCUACAAUUGCUCCGAAAGCGUUCCGCGUGAAGUUCAUCCCCCGAGGUGACCCGAUGCCGCCCCCGGCGCCCGCGCCUGAUCACCCGCACCUGCGCCACGUUGGAGCACUCUAGCUCACACCGGUCCAUUCCAUAGCCGCCACACACCCACCAGUAUUUUAAGAUCACUCGUUUUAGAGCGCAUCGACAACCAUUAUUUAAGUAUAUACCUAGUAAAAUAAGUAAGGACAUCGCCCGAGCGAUGGUCGAGGCUGUGCAAAAAGUGUUCAAUUAGGUGACUGAACAGAACGGUCAACUAACUUUAGAUGUAAAGAAUAUUUUCUCAUCGUUUUCAUUUAGAAACGCUGCUCGUGUGACUAUAAAGUAUUAAUUAAAUUUUGUUAUAAUAUAGUUAUUUAGGGAUAACAAAAAUCACACAUAUAUUACCUAUGUAACAUGUUACGAUGUAAGCUCUAGUACCUAUACCAAAUUAAAUGUAUAUUCUAGGUCAUUAUUUAUUAGUAGAUAUCAUUUGAAUGUGUAUGUUGUGUGUGAUCUCAUGUCCGUUGUAGCUGUAAAUUGUAGAUGGUUCACAAGUGUCCAUCUCUAAAUCAUUGUUUAUGAUUGUGUGUAUAACAUUGUCGAGUGCAAAACAACAUUUACACGCAUGUGUGAACGUUGCUUUAUAUUCGACACUGAGUGGCGAUCGGAGCUAGUCUUAAAUAGAUUGUGUAGUUUCUAUGAUACUGUAUAUUACUUUGAUAUAAUCAGCACAUUAAAACUUAGCAACCAAGUUGCUCUUCAGUACAAUUUGUUAAGUUUAUUGUCAAACCACCUAAACUCUCUUAAUUAAAUGAAUUUUUAUCCUUUGUAAUUAUAUCAACAAUUUCCCACCAGCAAUUAUUUUAGAAUUGUGUAUUUUAAAAUUCAGAUUUAAUAACUGUGUUCAAAUCCGUGUUAACGUUGUGUUAAUUUGAAGCUUUGUAUAUAUUGCUCUGUUUACAUCCGAGUGCUGUGUAGUGUCAAAAUAAAGUUAAAAAGAUGAUUUCAAAAUGA